AUGAGUGACGAAGAGAAUUUGAGAAAGAUUAUGAUGGUGGGUUUUGUCGAUGAGGACGAUAUAAGAGCUGUUCUAAAGUCCUGCAGCUCAGAUGUAAACGAAGUACUUUCUGUAUUAGCGUCUGAAGGCAUAUAUUCGAAGAAUAAUAGUGCCUUCACACCUGAAAAGGGUUCAAAUGAUGCUAAACAGUUAUCGGAGGGCGAACGCAAUGAAACCAGUGGUACCGUUUUAGAUGAAAGUACAAGUCCACUUGAUAAACUGGUUAAGGAUCAUGAUAUAAGUCAUGGUUUUACUUCAUCUGAAUUCAACAGACUUCAGAGUCAAAUUUAUACUGAACAAUGGGAUAUACCUUGUUUGAGAUCACAAUCGCUUGGUCUCUGUUUGUUGGGUACCAUCCAUGAAAUAAGAUUUAAUGGUUUGAAAACAUUUGAUUUGUAUCCUGAGGCCCAAAGAUUCUUGACAAGUUGUCUGAAGGAAUGCGUUACCAAACAAGCAUUUAUUUGGUUCUCGUCAUGCUUGAAUUUUCUUGACACUGAUGCUCAAACAUUCGUCUUCACAAAAGUAAUUUUGAAAUCAAAUCCUGCGUUAUUUCGUCCAAUCGCUGGGUUUGAAUGUUUUAAAGGCUUUUUUGAGAAAGUCAAUUUAAACGAAGGUCGUAUGAAACAGGUGGCAAAAUCAUGGCAUGUUGAACGACCCGAUCUAAUUGGAUUAGAAUUUUUAUGGGAUCUAUAUCUAGCCCUACCAUCAUCUGAUGCAAGUCUAGACGGUGGGCAUUCAAAUCGUCCUGUGGAGGCUGAUGCGACGUCCACCGUUAUUGAUGCAACAACUGGAAACAAGCCGAAUCUUGGUGAUUCGUCUAAAAUUCAGACUGUACCUGCUGUAGUAUCAUAUUCGUUGUCGUCAUCAUCGGUAGCAGCAGCAGCAGCGUCAGCGUCAGUAUCACCGUCUGCAGCAUUAUCAAGUAGUGCAAAAUCAACACCUGAUGCAGCAAAACCAGCUAGAUUACUUUUGUUAAAUGUUCACUGGGGCCAGUUAGCACCAAAGUUGAGACGUGAUCCAGAAUCGUGUUACCGUCGUUUCUUUGAUACAUGCAGACGUAGACUAGAAGCUAAUUAUGCUUUGGGGCGCGGUUUAGUCACUGAAUAUGGCGUCACAUCAGUCCUGGCAGAAACUGGUGAACUGUUAGCUGCACUGAUGUUGGGCAUUGGACCGGCGACAAAAGCAAAACACUGCAGUCGUACUGCAGCUAAAUUAGCUAUACGGCGUUUACUCGGAUUAGUCUAUGCCUUUAUUCAGUCAGUUGAGGAUGAAAUGUUUGGUUCUCGUACUCAGCAUCCGAACUGGAAACCUCAUGGUUGUACAUAUCGAGGUUGGGAUAUGCCAUUGCUUGUUAAAGUUGAAACUGUUAAACAAGGCCAGUCGUCUCUUUCAACUAAUAAUCCUUCGAUUUGUUUAAAUCAAACUGGGAAUAAAUUGUCUUCUAGUAAUACUAAUCUAUUAGGCGAUUCUUAUCAGUAUUCAGAUCUUAGCGAUGAACCAAUAUUACUAUUAGCGCAUUCAAAUGAACCGCUUAGUUCAAUCAGAGACAGAGCUUAUCUUGCCUCAAGUGCAUAUUUGUUCGCCUUUCAAUCUCAGUCGAAUUAUCGACAAGACAAUAAUUUAUCUCCAUCGUGGACAGCAGCUACACUAUCACUUGAAAAAGCACCAGAACCAAAAGUCUCCUCACUGUCUUCAUCUUCAAAGGAACCAGUUGUGAGGACUAUGCUUUCAAACGACAUAUCAAUUCAACGUAAUGAAAUUAAAUCAGCUGGUAGAGAGAAAUCACAGCUACUAGACACUGUUUUAAAUCGAAUGCCUAUUGGUGAACUUGGAUUUCAGGUUGGUCGUCAUUUAAUUGUUCGAUUUUAUGCAGAGUCGAACAGUCGUUCACGUAGUCGGAUUAGCAAUACAAGUGUUGUUUCUUCUGUAGCCACACCACCACAAGGAAUGUCAAAUAACUCCCUGUACAGCAGUUCAUUUUCAUUGGCUGGUGCUUAUUCGUCUACACUGGAAUUAACAAAUGAAAGUUUAAAUAAUCCUACUAAUACUGUUUCGAACAGGUAUACUUUAGCACACGAUGAAUCAACUGGACUUUUAAGUUCUUUCAGAAAACGUUUAGAAAUCCCGUCUAUCGGAAGUAAUCUAAUGUCUAGAGGUUCCUCAAUUCUCAGUUUAAAUACAAAACAAUCAUUGGCAGAUUUAUCAGUUGAUUUGUCGAAUACAAAUCAGUCAGUGUCAGCGAAUACUUCAAGUGUCAAUACUGUUCUGCCGAGUAUAUGCUUAGGUCAAGAUUCAGCAGUUUAUGAACUUCUCUUUGAAUUAGCUGAAUCAGAACUUCUCUGUCUUAAUUCACAGUCGGGGAAAAAGCUGCAUUCUUCUACAGGAACAUCAUCUGGGGCAUAUUUUUCUUCAACAUUUAGUUUUAUUCAUCCUGUACGUUUAUUGUUAGCCUGUUUGCCAACAUUUAAAUCACUUCGUUAUGGACGCAAUGGUAGUGGAAGUGUGCAUUCACAAUAUAAUCUGGUGUGUAAUCCAUACACACUAUUGAAUUCAUCGCCUUAUCGUGUUCUCUACAAACUACAACUGCUUAGUUCCACACUAAUUCCCGUGGAUUCAACUCCAUGGUGGGAAACAUCUCCAGGAUGUUUAUUGUCACCACCGUCUGUAACUUGCUUUAUUAACUAUCCUUUUCAAUCUAAAAUUAUCUCACGAACUUAUAAACCUAUGGAACCGAUUUCAAUGGGAAGUAAUAUAAGAUCAGGUGGAACAGUCAGAAGAUCUUCUCAAACGCGUUUAUCACCAGUUGUAGUCAAUGCGGACGAGUGCAAGUCUGAUUGGUUUUUGUCUGUUGAUGCAAUAAAUGUCAGCUCUCAAAUGACCAAUUCCACUUCAGCACCAUCUUCACCGGUACUUUCAUCACGUCGGAGUUUAAAAGUAUUUUCAUCACUUGCACGUGCAAAUGAUGUGUUCUCAUUGAAAGGCAAAUCACAAAAAAACGCUACAAAAGAUUUAAGUAUGGGUGUUGAUGCCACAAUUAUUGAAAAUCUCGAGACAUUGGUCCAGCUACUCGAAAGGAAUUUAACUCCCUUCUCCACUGAAUCGCCGUGUAAAAAUGUGAAUGCAUGCAAAAAGCACACAUCUCAAUUUCCCUUGACAUUUCGUUCGCAUCAAACGCAUCGUCAUUUCGACACAAGUGAAGGUGAAAUCCUAUUGUCCAAAGAAUCACAUAAUACAGCAGUGGAUAAUGCAUAUUGGUGGAGACGUGAAAUACGACAUUUGUGCCUACAGAUGAUUGCCUCUUUACUCAAUCCAAUCACUUUAGGCGAUGUCAAUAAUCACGGUAGUAGUAGUAGUGAUAAAAAUAAUACCAGUGAGUUUGCAAUAGCAGCACAUAAUUCAUAUAAGCGUAGUGCAACACCAGAACUGGUAGCUGUAUUACCAGCCGAUGCAUUGGUGUAUCAGAUGUCCCCUUCAUUGGCAAUGAGUUUACUGAACACCUUGUUAGAAACUGCUUUAGUCAGUGCUGGUAUCGAUACAGAAUUACUGGAUCAUACGCAUGCAAAGCAAGCACCUAAUUUGUCGUUAGCUUCGCUGCAUUCUGUGCACAGAUCAAAUAUGUUCUUAUCGCAUGUGGACAGUAGAUCGGGUGUUGCCGGUAUCAUUGAAACAAUCUCCUACUUCGGAAGACAAGUUCUGUUUCAAGAUAUUGAAAAUGAUAUAUCAUGGUUUAGAAAUAUGAUGGAUUUUGACAGAAAUUUGAACGCGCAUAAAGUUGCUCUUUCCGACUGUCUGUUGGCUGGUCACCUGAAUUCAAUUCGACUAAUCUGUGCACAGGCUGUGGCUUGUGUCAGUAGUCAUUUUCUGUGCACAUUCAAUAGUGGAUCAGGUGCACUGACCACGACAACAAAAACAACAUCAACAACCGCACCAACAUCAACAACAAAAUGUCUGAAAAAGCAAGCGACCCUGAUAGAUCAGCCAGCUUCUGGACUGAACAGUUUCAACUAUUCACGAAAAGAAUUCAACGCCGACAGCAGUCAGUUAUUACCACCGGUACAAUUGUUAGAAGCAUUGGCGAAAACCGAUUUGUCAGUAGUUAAUGAAAGUGACGAUGGCCUGCAUCAGUUGACUGUAAACAAUGAAUUCACAGAUACUGUGAUACCUAUUCAUUCUAGUGUAGCUAUGAAAAUAGCUACUCAAGCUUUAUAUUUAUCAAGAGAUUUCAUAUGCUAUCUUGUAGUGGAAUGCUUGUUCCCUGCGGCUAGAUAUCUACUGUCUGAUCAAACAGCGAAAGAAUUAUCAGUAUUGUUAAAUGCAUCAAAGUUGACAUCACAGAGGUGUUCUAAACGGGAACGUCUUCGGCGUACACUGUCUGUAUUGUUUAGACAUUGUAAUCUGCCACAGUUGGAUGUAUUUAAAAGUGCUCAGCCUUUAACAAAGAAAACCGCUUUGGCCUUUUUAAGUUUUGUCUGCCGUAUAGACUGUCAAAGUUUAGAGAAGCUGGUUAAUUUACUUAUUCUUUUGCAUCAUUCACAUAAACCUGAUCAAAAUGGCACAGGUGCUGGUGUUUUGUCGACUUCACUUCGUACAUCUGAGACAACAUUUGAUCCUGGCGCAUAUCACCAAAUUACAGAUGAGCUAUCAAGUAAACAGCACCACAAAACAGAAAAUCUGGUCGGUAAAACACUGGAAACGAAUCAGCCAAGGACUUAUCCAGCAAAAAUUAUGCAAGAGAAAGUGAUGAUUCAUCGGACACACGCUGAGGAGACAACUAAGUGACAUCGUGCUCCAGUCCCUCAAGUGGAACCCUAAUGCGUAACGACGAGUUGGAUGUUCGAGUGUGAGAUGAAGGAGGAGGAGGAGAUGGAAACCUAUGGGUAAAGGUGGGGCCAGCUAAACAGGAUUUCAGGAAACAGGAAGAAAUGGAAACACAUCGAAAUACCGGAGCUGUGUGUUCAAAAGAAACUGGUACAACCGCAAACAUUUUGUAACAGCAGAAGGCAAGACACGGAAGCCAAGUUUUAGUUGUCUAUGGAGUCCAUGGAUUGGGUUCUCUUGUCAUUCGAAACUCAUCAACUGGAGGUUCGUGAAUCCAAGUGACCUAAUACGACUCAAACUUAACACCUGUUGCAUUAAUCGUACGAACAGACCAGAUGCAUAAAGCACACGGAUGAAUGUUUCUG